CUUGGUGCACUCUCAGGAUUAGAGAGAGGGCUACUCCUAGCUGGAGUGAUAAGGGGCUGGAUGAGCUUAAGAGCCUGGUGGGGCCUGAUGCGCAGAAGGAAGGAUUGUGCUUUCCUGGGUGUUAUCUAGAUGGUAGACACAAUGUGUGAGCUGUCUGAUCAUGGCCACCAUGCUAUCUCAGGAGAGGGGACAGGAUCACUUGGUGAGCUUAGAGAAACUGACAAGUUCACCCAGCUGGAAGUUGAGUUCAUGCUCAGGGUGUUGAAAAGCUGGGGUUCCCAGUAGAACAGGAUCCUAGCUGCUUGGGUGCCCCAAGAUCCCGGGUCUUGAAACUGUCUUCAGACAGCCUGAGGGAUCAGAAUGGGUGGUUCUGAAGAGUGCAGGAGCGCUGUCUUCUGAGCAUCCCAUGACACUGACAGUGCAGCUUGAAGGGAUGUCUCACAGCAGAAAGAGAAUAGCUCACAUCUGUCUGCUGGGAUCCUGGAAAACCUCAGUCUCCCUCCACAGCACUGUCCCAGCUUCUCUGCCCUUCUGAACCUCAAUUUUCUCUUCUAAAAAGCUACCUUUCAUUGGAUUAAUAGGAAGGGCCAGCUCCCCUGGUCUCAACCAAUCAGCACACCCGAUCAGUCACUGAGGCUGACAACUGCUCUCUAGGAGGAACUGCAGAGAGGCUGCAGGCUUCUUCUGGUUCCUGGGUGACAGGCUCAGCCCUCCUUUCUUCCACCUUGCCAUGGCCAACGUCACACUGAAGCCGCUCUGUCCACUCUUGGAGGAGAUGGUCCAGCUUCCAAACCACAGCAACUCUAGCCUCCGCUACAUCGACCACGUGUCGGUGCUGUUGCACGGGCUGGCCUCGCUGCUGGGCCUGGUGGAAAACGGACUCAUCCUGUUUGUGGUGGGCUGUCGCAUGCGCCAGACAGUGGUCACCACCUGGGUGCUGCACCUGGCGCUAUCCGACUUGUUAGCCGCCGCCUCCCUGCCUUUCUUCACCUACUUCCUGGCAGUGGGCCACUCGUGGGAGCUGGGCACUACCUUCUGCAAGCUACAUUCCUCGGUCUUCUUCCUCAACAUGUUUGCCAGCGGCUUCCUGCUCAGUGCCAUUAGCCUGGACCGCUGCCUGCAGGUGGUGAGGCCAGUGUGGGCACAGAACCACCGCACGGUGGCGGUCGCGCACAGAGUCUGCCUGAUGCUCUGGGCUCUGGCGGUGCUCAACACAAUACCAUAUUUCGUGUUCAGAGACACCAUCCCGCGGCUUGAUGGCCGCAUCAUGUGCUACUACAACUUGCUGCUCUGGAAUCCAGGGCCUGACCGCGACACCACGUGCGACUACCGCCAGAAGGCCCUGGCGGUCAGCAAAUUCCUGCUGGCCUUCAUGGUACCUCUGGCCAUAAUUGCCUCGAGCCACGUAGCCGUGAGCCUGCGACUGCACCACCGUGGUCGCCAGAGGACAGGCCGCUUUGUGCGCCUGGUGGCGGCCAUCGUGGUUGCCUUCGUGCUCUGCUGGGGGCCCUACCACAUCUUCAGUCUGCUGGAGGCGCGUGCCCAUUCUGUCACCACGCUACGGCAGCUCGCGUCACGUGGGCUGCCCUUUGUCACCAGCCUGGCCUUCUUCAACAGCGUGGUCAACCCACUGCUCUAUGUGUUCACAUGCCCCGACAUGUUGUACAAACUGCGGCGCUCGCUACGCGCGGUGCUUGAAAGCGUGCUGGUAGAAGACAGCGACCAGAGUGGUGGGCUCCGCAAUCGCCGUCGCCGCGCCUCCUCCACCGCCACCCCAGCCUCUACCCUCCUGCUGGCUGACCGAAUUCCCCAACUGCGUCCAACCCGCUUGAUCGGCUGGAUGAGGCGUGGCAGUGCAGAGGUCCCACAGAGGGUCUGAGCGGUCCCUGGAGAAACAGGGCUCAUUGAGCUGUACUUUGGAUUAGACCGGCACAGCCCAGAUGACAUGCCAACAUAUCCUGGGUCUCUCUCUCUUGAAACCCAGUUAAAAAUGUACAUAGCCAAUGCCAGGCCCAAGUCUUGGGGAGGGUCCAGGCAACCAGCUUAUGGAAGUGUCCUGAGUGACUCAAUCUCCCGGAGCAAGGUGAAUUGAAGCAGUCCUUUUAAAACACUUUAAUCUUGCAGUAUGGACCUGGGAGAGCAACAAGAUGCAAAAGUAGCCAUCGAGGAGUUACCUGGCUCUUGACUGCUGGCCUCCAGGUUUCUACACAUUUAAGAGCAAAAGUACUUAAUUGCCUAGGGAUCUUGCUAGGGUAACUGAUAAGGGUCGGGUAAAAUUUUGUAUUUCUAUUACCUUCCUGGCAGCUCGCCCAAGGCACUUGGGAAUCACACAGGUUAAGCUCACAGCCUGCAUCUCAUAACUCCCUGCUUUGUGAAUGGGACAAAGGGAGUCGGCCAAUCAGUAUUUAUGGGGGUCAGUGAGAGGAAAAGGGUUGAGACCAGCCAACUGCCAUCAUUUUUAAUCCCCCAUUUGGCCUGAGACAGGUGCUUUAACCACACCUUGCUAGUCAGCUUGUUAUUGUUAUAUAUGGUGAUAUGGAUGUGUCAACUCCCACUAGGGAUUUUCACUGCCCAGUUUUAGGGCUGCUGCUGCUGGCUUUCAGCAGCACUGGAUCAAUUCUAGGCAGAGAGAACAACCUACCCUUAUUAGCUGCCUGGCAGGGAGAGGGCCUGGCAGCCAUCACUUCCAACCUACAGGUAGGAGGGGCACCUGUGCCAGUCAUGGACCUUCUAUCACACAUUUCAUGUCCUCCCCAUCAUAGACUGCAGGGAAGCUGGCUGAUUCCUCUUUACCUUCUAGGGGAAGGGGAGCUGAUGUCAGAAAUUGGUAAAUAUGGAACAGGGAUGGGGUAGUCUCAGGAUCUCCUGAACCACGCAAGGCCAGGCUGGUUGUCAGUUGUGUUGAGCAGGCCUCAAGCCUGUGGCAGGCGCUUCUCAAACUGGAGAGUAAAAUGUCACCAAGUCCCUCCUGCUUUACUCAGUGUACCUGUCACACCAUUAUUUCAAUGGUUUAUUAUGAUAAUGAAAGCCAAGUGGGGCAGGGGCUUCUGUCCUUCGGGGAG